CAAAUAAUGACUACAUGUACAUAGCUUCUGCCCUCAGAAGUGACUCACAUACCAUACUUGUCCGCGUUCUCUUUUCGGAUCGAUCACACCCUCACCCUGAACAUCAGUGCUACUCAGCACGGUCUGCUUCUUCAAAAACUGGAUGCCGCCCCGGCCACUGAUCAGGCUCUCUGCACUAAGCACGGGAUACGUAGGAGCACAGAAGAUAAGGACGCCCUGUUCUGUACACAAAAGAACAAUGGCCGACAAUGCAAACUCCAGCCUCAAAGGCCAUCAGAGUGAGUUACAUUGCUACGUUUACGCUGAACGAACAUCUUGCCAAUGAUCAUCCAGCUGAAUGGCACCAAAACAUUGGUGCACCAGUGUCUACAACUCCGGCACCUCGCCCAGAGCCAGUCACCCUCACUGGGAAGACGGUGACACUCAAACCUUUGACUCCGGAACACGCUGUUGAUCUAUACGCUGCUGUUGAAGGUGACGACAAGCGCCACGUCUACACAUACUUGAGCGACGAGCCCUACACAUCCCUAGAAGCCUUCCGCGAGGCCGUCACUACAAAGUCAGAAUCAAAGGAUCCUGUUUUCUUCGCAAUCGUCGACAAUAAGACCCAUAGCCCCAUGGGAUGGGCCGCGCUGAUGCGCAUCGACACCAAGAACCGUGUCAUCGAGGUCGGCAAUAUCUUGUAUUCACCUUCACUACAGCGGACAGUGGCCGCAACAGAGGCCAUGUAUCUCAUGGCAAAGCAUGUAUUCAAUGAUCUCGGAUAUCGCAGGUAUGAGUGGAAAUGCGACAACUUCAAUCUCCCAUCUAAACGAGCGGCACUGCGUCUGGGCUUCACUUUUGAAGGGAUAUUUAGACAGCAUAUGAUAUACAAAGGUCGGUCGAGGGAUACAGCUUGGUUUUCGGUGAUUGAUUCAGACUGGCCUGUUGUCAAGAAUGCAUUUGAGAUGUGGUUGGACGACGGGAAUUUCGAUUUGGAUGGGAGACAGAGACAGAGGUUGGAGGAUUUGAGGGGGGAAUUACCUGGCUAGAGAGGGCCUGUUGCUUUGGAAGUGUAGCAAUGGGCACGAUUGAGCUGGACAGAUGGUGUCUGUACCAGUCUGUCCAUCGUGAAGUGUGCUCUAUAAAGCGUAAGUAUGCCCAUGGUCAUGACAUUGAAUGUCACUUCAUUGUAUGAGUGGCUGGGACUCCAUGAACGAAUACGCGAUAGAUGUAGAUACUGGGUCGACGUUGGGAACAUUGUGAAGAGGACCAAUGGUCUCUCACGCAAAGACCUGAGGUAUUGUGUUGCAAGGCAUGUAUACUAAGUGAUGCAAGGUGGACGAGACAAAGGUUCUUAGGACUGCCGACUUGCCUUUGGUUCCCGAGAUACGAUAUACAAUAGCGUACUGAACAGCCCAGCAUCACAAACAGUAGCUUAUAGAUCUCUUCACGGCAUCGAGCUGGGUGGCAAAGACCUAAA